AUGACUACCAUGCAGGAGCCUGCCACAGCACAGUGGGGCCUGAGUGUCAGCGACGCUGACUUUGCGAAGCUCAAGGCUGGCUUUGAACCCCAGGACCAAGAUGACAAAUGGCGCGUCUCGGCGAACGAACAGAGCGGCGGAAAUAUCUCCAUCCAUCUUGCCAGAAGCGGGACUGACAAGGAACUCUAUGUACUUGUCAUAAACCCACGCGCCGGAAACAGCAGCAACAGCAGCAUCAACCGAGGAGGGGCGAAGGUUGAGGCCAUCACCUGGGAACAGAACAAGGGUGGCAUUCACAUCUCGGAGGAGCAGGCCAAGAAGGAAGUGGUGAUCCUGGCCCGACGCAUUCUGGAGUGCAGUUUUGAAGCGCUGCCAGAGUAUGACGUCUCGGAACUGUGGAAUCACCCUGCUGCUCAGCUCGACACAGGCGAGACGAAUGGAACUAACGGUGUCAAUGGAGGGCAUUGA